AACCUCACUCGCCUGGCAGGCGGGAGAACGCUCGGGGAGUUGCGGCCGCGGGCACCGGGCUCGCGGCUAUCGGGACUGGAGAGCAAGCGGGCAUCUCCUGGGCGCCGUCAUGGCUGCUUAGGCUGCGCCUGCCUGCGGAUCGCGGAUCCGGGAUCGGAGAUCUGACGGCGACGCCUGAGUCCGGCUAGGGUAGGUUGUUCCUGCUUGAUUGCUUCAGCGUGCCAUCGGCUUCGUAUUUGCAUAGGAGUCAGAGGAGUUAAUCUUGUCUCUUCUCACAGGUUUGAGUCUUCAGACUUCUACAGAACUCCAUAAUAUCUGCCUCACAGCUGGCUUUCCUGCUCUCACAGAAGAUACCCAGCUAUUGUGCUCUGGAUCUCUCCUGGCUGCUAGGCUGUAGCGCUGCCUUUCUGGAGUCAGGCUGUAGUGACUCCCCACCUUCUUUCUGUCUGGGCUUAAAUGGCACAGCAGUUCCUCAGCACAUCUGAAGAAGAAAGUGUGAGAACCAAAGGCCAUGGCUCCAUUCCGCUGUCAAAAAUGUGGCAAGUCCUUCGUCACCCUGGAGAAGUUCACCAUUCACAAUUAUUCCCACUCCAGGGAGCGCCCAUUCAAGUGCUCGAAGGCUGAGUGUGGCAAAGCCUUCGUCUCCAAGUAUAAGCUGAUGAGACACAUGGCCACACACUCGCCACAGAAGAUUCACCAGUGUACUCACUGUGAGAAGACAUUCAACCGGAAGGACCACCUGAAGAACCACCUCCAGACCCACGAUCCCAACAAGAUCUCCUACGCGUGUGACGAUUGCGGCAAGAAGUACCACACCAUGCUGGGCUACAAGAGGCACCUGGCCCUGCACUCGGCGAGCAAUGGCGAUCUCACCUGUGGGGUGUGCACCCUGGAGCUGGGGAGCACCGAGGUCCUGCUGGACCACCUCAAGUCUCACGCGGAAGAAAAGGCCAACCAGGCACCCAGGGAGAAGAAAUACCAGUGCGACCACUGUGAUAGAUGCUUCUACACCCGGAAAGAUGUGCGUCGCCACCUGGUGGUCCACACAGGAUGCAAGGACUUCCUGUGUCAGUUCUGUGCCCAGAGAUUUGGGCGCAAAGACCACCUCACUCGUCACACCAAGAAGACCCACUCCCAGGAGCUGAUGCAAGAGAAUAUGCAGGCAGGAGAUUACCAGAGCAAUUUCCAACUCAUUGCGCCUUCAACUUCGUUCCAGAUAAAGGUUGAUCCCAUGCCUCCUUUCCAGCUAGGAGCGGCUCCCGAGAACGGGCUUGAUGGUGGCUUGCCACCCGAGGUUCAUGGUCUAGUGCUUGCUGCCCCAGAAGAAGCUCCCCAACCCAUGCCGCCCUUGGAGCCUUUGGAGCCUUUGGAGCCUUUGGAGCCUUUGGAGCCGAUGCAGUCUUUGGAGCCUUUGCAGCCUUUGGAGCCGAUGCAGCCUUUGGAGCCAAUGCAGCCUUUGGAGCCGAUGCAGCCUUUAGAGCCUUUGGAGCCUCUGGAGCCGAUGCAGCCUUUGGAGCCGAUGCAGCCUUUGGAGCCUAUGCAGCCAAUGCUGCCAAUGCAGCCAAUGCAGCCAAUGCAGCCAAUGCAGCCAAUGCUGCCAAUGCAGCCAAUGCUGCCAAUGCAGCCAAUGCAGCCAAUGCAGCCAAUGCUGCCAAUGCCAGAGCCGUCUUUCACUCUGCACCCUGGCGUAGUUCCCACCUCUCCUCCCCCAAUUAUUCUUCAGGAGCAUAAGUAUAAUCCUGUUCCUACCUCAUAUGCCCCAUUUGUAGGCAUGCCCGUCAAAGCAGAUGGCAAGGCCUUUUGCAACGUGGGUUUCUUUGAGGAAUUUCCUCUGCAAGAGCCUCAGGCGCCUCUCAAGUUCAACCCAUGUUUUGAGAUGCCUAUGGAGGGGUUUGGGAAAGUCACCCUGUCCAAAGAGCUGCUGGUAGAUGCUGUGAAUAUAGCCAUUCCUGCCUCUCUGGAGAUUUCCUCCCUAUUGGGGUUUUGGCAGCUCCCCCCUCCUACUCCCCAGAAUGGCUUUGUGAAUAGCACCAUCCCUGUGGGGCCUGGGGAGCCACUGCCCCAUAGGAUAACCUGUCUGGCGCAGCAGCAGCCACCGCCACUGCCGCCGCCACCACCGCUGCCACUGCCACAGCCACUGCCAGUGCCACAGCCACUACCACAGCCACAGAUGCAGCCACAGUUUCAGUUGCAGAUCCAGCCCCAGAUGCAGCCCCAGAUGCAGCUGCAGCCACUGCAGCUGCAGCUACCACAGCUGCUGCCGCAACUGCAACCUCAGCAGCAGCCUGAUCCUGAGCCAGAGCCAGAGCCAGAGCCAGAGCCAGAGCCAGAGCCAGAGCCGGAACCGGAACCGGAGCCAGAGCCAGAGCCAGAACCAGAGCCAGAGGAAGAACAGGAAGAGGCAGAAGAAGAGGCAGAGGAAGGAGCAGAGGAAGGAGCAGAACCAGAGGCACAGGCAGAAGAAGAGGAAGAGGAAGAGGAAGCGGAAGAGCCACAGCCAGAAGAAGCCCAAAUAGCAGUGAGUGCUGUGAAUCUGGGCCAGCCCCCCCUACCCCCAACUCCCCAUAUUUUCACAGCUGGCUCCAACACUGCUAUCCUGCCCCAUUUCCAUCACGCAUUUAGAUAAAUUGGUUUUUAAGAGGGUGCUUCUCUUGUGGGAGAUGUUUUAAACAUCAGUUACAGUUUGAGGAGAAGCAUUGGAAAACAGGAAUGGGGUUUUAGCUUAUUUGUCAUAAGUAGCUUGAGAAAAAGAAUUCUCUAACUGCAUGCGUUGUGCCAAUAUAUACCCUUAGUAUUCAUGCUUCCUACCAAAUUUAGUGAGCGUGUGUGCAUUCUGUAAUCAAACUGCAAAUAUUAUCAUAUUAUCCUAUUAUUACCCUUGUAUUAUUACCCUCAUAUUAUUACCCUCAUAUUAUCCUCAUUAUCUUAUAAUCACGUGAUUACGUGAUAAGAUCCAAAACAUGAGCUGCUAUUUUGUAAAUAUCGUGUUGAGUGUAAGCUGUUGUAGUGAUGUUAGCUAUGUAACUGUGUGUAGCCUAGGAAGGGGAUGAUGGUAAAGUUUGGAAUUCUCCAACUUGGAAGGUGUUUUUAAGAGAAGGGGAUAAUCUUUGUAUGGCGUUUAUAACUAGGCUGUGUGUUUCUUUUCAGGGACUCGUCUAUAAGAAAUGGACAGUUUAGUUCCUCUUCUUGUUAGCUUACUCUGUAGUUUCUUCUUCUUGUUGCCCAUUGUGUAGCUUUAUAGAGUGUGACGCUAUUGAUGUCUCCAUUUUUUAAAGUGAAUUUAAAUGUACUGUUCAAUAUUUUUCAUGUGAUGUUGUUCCAAUGUGAGUUACGACUUCAUUUAUCUUAAAGACAAAACUGGUUGUCAGUCAUAUCUGACAGAAGAAAGAAAUCACUGUGUAACCAAGUCAAGUGGCCAACUAAUUGAAAGAAGAAUCAAUCAAAAGUGUUUUGUGGACUGUGAUACUCAUUAUGUUUUUUAACAGGAAUUUAAGAAAAUGUACUGGAAUUUAAAAAAAGCAUAAGUAUAUUAGAUAAGAAUUUUCUUUGCCUAGCUUAACCUACUACUUAAGCUGCUUAAGUUCUGAAGUAUUGUUUGUAAUCACCAAUAGAAAAGUGUAUCUGUAGAUGAUCAAUUUAAGUCAUUGUUAGUUUGUAUCCCAAGAGGAUUGUGUUUUGCAAUGUAACCGUACUUGUAAUCUCCCUUGAUACCUUGUUAAUCGAUUUUGAAAGUGUAAAACCUAACCUUUGAAGACUCUGUAUUUCCUUCUUGAGACUGUAUCCCCCAGCAUAUAUCUCCUAACCUUUGAAGACUCUGUAUUUCAUUUUUGAGACUGUAUUCCCCAGGAUUUAUCUCCUAACCUUUGUAGACUCUGUAUUUCGUUUUUGAGACUGUCUUUCCCAGCAUAUAUCUCCUGACCUUUGACAACUCUGUAUUUCGUUUUUGAGACUGUAUUCCCCAGCAUAUAUCUCCUGACCUUUGAAGACCCUGCAUUUUGUUUUUGAGAUGGAAUUCAACAGCAUAUAUCUCCUAAUCUUUGAUGACUCUGUAUUUUGUUUUUGAGAUUGUAUUCCCCAGCAUAUAUCUCCUAACCUUUGAAGACUCUGUAUUUCAUUUUUGAGACUGUAUUCCCCAACGUGUAUCUCCUAACCUUUGAAUAAUCUCCACUUUGUUUUUGAGACUGUAUUCCCCAGCAUAUAUCUCCUAACCUUUGAUGACUCUGUACUUUGUUUUUGAGAGUGUAUUCCCCAGCAUAUAUCUCCUAACCUUUGAUGACUCUGUACUUUGUUUUUGAGACUGUAUUCCCCAGCAUAUAUCUCCUAACCUUUGAUGACUAUGUACUUUGUUUUUGAGACUGUAUUCCCCAGCAUAUAUCUCCUAACCUUUGAUGACUCUGUACUUUGUUUUUGAGAGUGUAUUCCCCAGCAUAUAUCUCCUAACCUUUGAUGACUCUGUACUUUGUUUUUGAGACUGUAUUCCCCAGCAUAUAUCUCCUAACCUUUGAAGAAUCUCCAUUUUGUUUUUGAGACUGUAUUUCCCAGCAUAUAUCUCCUAACCUUUGAUGACUCUGUACUUUGUUUUUGAGACUGUAUUCCCCAGCAUAUAUCUCCUGACCUUUGAAGACACUGCAUUUGUUUUUGGGACUGUAUUCCCCAGCACAUAUCUCCCGACUUUUGAAGACACUGCAUUUUUUUGAGACUAUAUUCCCCAGCAUAUAUCUCCUAACCUUUGAAGACUCCAUAUUUCGUUUUUGAGACUGUAUUCCCCAGCACAUAUCUCCUAACCUUUGAAGAAUCUCCAUUUUCUUUUUGAGACUGUAUUCCUCAGCAUAUAUCUCCUAACCUUUGACGACUCUGUAUUUCAUUUUUGAGACUGUAUUCCCCAGCAUAUAUCUUCUAACCUUUGAAGACACUACAUUUUGUUUUUGAGACUGUAUUCCCUAGCAUAUAUCUCCUAACCUUUGAAGACUCCAUAUUUCGUUUUUGAGACUGUAUUGCCCAGUAUAUAUCUCCUAACCUUUGAUGACUCUGUAUUUCGUUUUUGAGACUGUAUUCCCCAGCAUAUAUCUCCUAACCUUUGAAGACUCCAUAUUUCGUUUUUGAGACUGUAUUCCCCAGAAUUUAUCUCCUAUCCUUUUUAGACUCUGUAUUUCGUUUUUGAGACUGUAUUCCCUGGCAUAUAUACCUACAUAUAAUAAAUGCUAAGCAUCUGGCAA